CUCUCAUGCGACGAUACGACCCGUGCCGUAUCCCAUGCGUGCGCGGUUUGUUGACCCAACUUUCAACAAUGAGCCAGAUAAGAAGCGGCGCGAAAAAAUGGCCACUCACCCGCCGAUGACGGCGGCUUUAAAACGCGCGACUUUCUGUCGUCCACCGCCGGUUGUCAGCUGCCACCGUCGUCAUCACCAUCAUCAUCAUCAUCAUCAUCGUCGUCGUUGUCGUCGUCGUCGUCGCUGUCGUCAUCAUCUGCUGCGUCCUCUUAUUCUCAUCUCACAUACACCUCCAUCCGCAGACUUUAACUUGUCGUCGUGUGACUAAGCGCUGCGUGGCUGACCGAGUUCUUUUUUCCUUUUUCUCUUUUCGCAAGUGCGUUGGACGCGCACGCGGUUAUACGCGAAUACAAGACAAAGCGGAACACAGCGGAGCGGAGCGGAGAGAAGCGCAGCGGCGGCAAGGCGGAGGGUUUGCAAUCGUAAACGAUCAAGCGAGUGCACGUGCUUUUCGUUCGCGAGUUCGUUGAUUUUUACACGUGAACGAGUGCAAGAACGCGUAUAUGCCUCGAUACGGUGCCGUCAUGGGUUCAAUGAACUUACUGGACAUAAAAGACGACAGCAUGCGAUUGUGUUGCUCGAGAAAGGACGAGGCCGACGAGCCGUCGGGACUCGAAAACGGAACACAAAUCUCAGUGGAGAAUGAUAUAGACAAAUUUGGACUCUAUCAAAUAACGAUGUUCGCUUUAAUUAGCCUGCCUUUGAUGUUCACGGCAGGAUUCACGCUUUCCUACGUAUUUACUGCAGGCGAAGUUAAAUACAGAUGUUUGGUGCCGGAAUGCGAGCAUCCAUGGAACGCAACGUUCAAUCCACCUUGGGUGAACGCUUCUGCACCGAAAACCAAGAAUGGAGACAUCUCGCGUUGUAUGCGUCACGUAGUGCGAAAUGACCCGGGUGUGUGCACAAUUAAUUCAUUUACGAAUGUGAGCCUCGACUGUGAUUCCUGGCUUUACGAUCGGACCGACAGUACGAUACUCAACGAGUGGGAGUUCACCUGCGACGCUAAUCGAUGGAAACUCACGCUGGUCGGUACGGUAAAUAACGUCGGUCAAUUCGUCGGCCUGAUAUUCGCUGGAUACAUAUCAGACAGGUACGGCAGACGAACCAUUUUGACGCUGGCAACGUCUCUGAGCGGGCUCAGUGGCAUGAUACAUUCCUACUCUGUGAAUUAUUGGAUGUUUCUCGCGUUCGAGUUCCUGGACGCCACCGCCGCGUCUGGAAUUUACAGCGCGGGAUUUAUUCUAGGAAUGGAGAUGGCGGGCGUGAAAAACCGGGUUCUCGGCAGUACUAUUAUUUGCUGUAUGUUUGCCGUGGGUGAAAUCCUGUUGGGACUAGUCGCAAGCUGGCUGAGAUCCUGGCGAAUGUUGCUCAGAGUCGUGUACGGUCCGGCACUGUUUGCCAUUUUCUUGCCUCUAGUCAUUCCGGAAUCGAUCAGGUGGCUACUAUCGAAGGGUAAGAACGACAAAGUGGAGGAAAUCUACUAUAAAAUGGCACGAAUGAACGGUCUGCAAGUGACGGAAGAAGCCAUGAACAUGUUUAAGGAACUGAACGUCGUUAAACCUGGAACGAAAAACGAACUGGUGAUGUCAGAUGAGAGAAAGCCGAUCAUGCAAGUUCUACAUAGCUCGGUCAUACUCAUCCGCUUGCUGGUCUGCUCGUUCUGCUGGCUCACAAACACGUUCGUUUAUUACGGAUUGUCAUUGAAUUCCGUGGCAUUCGCCGGGGAUAAGUAUACCAAUUUCAUGCUCGUCGCCGUGGUCGAGAUACCGGGGUACUUCCUCACCUGGCUGCUGACCGAUUACGUCGGCCGUAAAGCAACGCUCUCCGGCUCGUUCCUGCUGAGCGGGGCAUUCUGCCUCGCAAUCCAGUUCGUACCAGCAGCUGCCUCGACUUACGGGCCUUUACUUUUGUACAUGGCUGGGAAAUUGUGCAUCACCAUAGCGUUCGCCACGGUUUACAUUUACACGACGGAACUUUUUCCGACGACGAUGAGGCAUUCGCUACUGGGAAUUUGCAGCAUGACCGGCCGCGUCGGGUCAAUUUUAUCACCGCAGACACCUCUUCUGGCGCAAAUAAUGCCCGCGCUGCCGCUUAUCCUCUUCGGCGCCAUGGGUAUGGUCGCGGGAGUCCUGUCUCUGAUUUUCCCGGAAACUCUGGGGACAAAACUUCCGGAUACCGUGUGGGAAGCGGAAAACAUCGGCAAAGUGCAACUCAAACCGGACCCGCAAGAUAGUCGGUCUUAGGACGCCAUAGGACGCCGACGAGCGCAAGCGCUAAGAUGAAGCGUUAAGUCUUUCUACGGCAGAAGAGAAGGGCGGUAGCUUUUAAAAGUUUAUUCUGAUGACGCGCAUCCGCCUGCCGAGUAGUAUUACUGUUUAGAUCCUAGUCAGUUUAAUCAACGCUUAUUUUGACAGUAAAUAAUAGCUAAACACUGAAACUAGCCAGUCUCUAGGUAAUUGUUAACCUUCUAAGUCCGUGAGAUGACUAUAGUCAUCGCUGCAUUCCUCAGCAUCGCUCCUCAGAAAGCUAUACGAUGCUUUAAGGCAUUGCGAAGUUAUUCGCGAAGAUUUUCAUAAAGCAAUAUAUAUUUUUCUUUAUCUUUUUAUUCCAAUAUUUAAGUCUUUAUGUAUAAUUUUGUUUUGUAUAGAGAAUAUGCUCGACUUGCUGGGAAUUGGAGUUAAGGAAAAAUUCGUCCGCAAAGGGUUAAUGAACUUUUAAUCAGUUUUUAGAUAUUUAUUAUCAAUUUUAAAUUCUUGUCUUUAUUUUUAUCCCCAUUUUUAUUCCCACUUUUUAUCACUAAUGUAAUGUUAAAUGACUCGAACAUUUGUCGAUUCUCUUCAGGUAUUUAUAAUAGGAAUUCGACAACUAGUUAUAGUCGCCCGUUGAAUUUUGAUUAAGAGUAGCUAUCAAAGAGGAUUGGACAAUAAUGAAAAUAGUUAAUGUUUUAUCAGCUGUGUUUGUACAUUUAUACUUUUCUCUCCAUUCUUAUGUUUUGAUAUUUACCACAGUGGUUAGUUGUAAAGAAAAUCGCAUCGUAUAAACUAUCUAUUAAAAGUUAAAAUUACCUAUAUACUGGCUAAUAACCAAGCAGUUUUAGGUAAAUGUUCACAAAAGACGGCACAGAACUAUCUUAAUGAUAAACAUUAAUAACUUCUUAAUAAACAAUGAGCGGCUAAAAUCUUUUGAAAGUUACUCGGGAUAAUUUUGGUAAUGUCAAGGUCUAAGCCAUUACGAUUGUAAGUUUUUUGUGAACAUUUAUCCAGUUUUAUUUCAACAUAAUUUUUUACUCGCAGUUUAAUCGCCUAUAUCGUCUAGUAUAACCUAAACAGUGUAAAAAAAACUGAUCUUUUUUCCUUGUGAUCAAUUUUUGUCGAGAAUUUUUCUGCUCCAGCGACAUACCGCUAAACAAGAUACCGAGAUAAGGAGCAGGUCUUUCAUGGAACUCGAUACUCGAAAUAUGAUGCGGCAUAAUUGAUGUGACCCGCUUCGCGAUGCAUUUACCACAGCCACAGGAGCAUCAUCGCGCGCCUACAGCGACGCGCUCUCGCGAAUUUUAUCCCGUCUCCCGCGAUCUGGGCAAACACACGGCGUAUCCUGCGACGCAACUGUUUACCUUCCGCAAACGCUCGCCGCCAUCAUCUCAUUUGUCUUACUCUCCGCGUUUAUCCGCACGGAAGAAGGAUUAUAAUAUCCUUCAGUGAAGCCGCGCGAUAUCUCGAAGUCUACCGAGGUCUCUCCUGCGCUCGCACGCGUGCGCAUUAUGUGUGAGCUGUUUAACUGUGUUUAACCUGUUUAACCCUUUAACUGCUGAGAUAUUAAAUGACCAGUAUGACCCUCUUUGCUGAGUUAUUUUUACAAUUAUAAAAUAUUUUAUAAUUUGCUGAUGAUCCAGAUUUUCAUAAAUUCACAUUUCUAAAUUAAAAAAAAAUACCACACGCAAUACCACACACAUUGAAAGUUCAAAUCGAGUAAACUCGACCGUAGCAAGGCCGCCAUUUUUUUCCAUACUCGAGAUAUCUCGACCGUAGCAGUUAAAGGGUUAAUCUGCUACCCGCCACGCGGGUUACCGGCGCUGCGCCUGUUAGACUUUCCGUUCAGUAUCUUCAUUCGAUAUCUUCCCUCAUUAAAGGAGAUAACGGUCGGCAAAACGCGUGAAGCUUUUGGAAAGAGAUUAACGAGUCAAUGAAUCAGAUUGCCGUAUACUCUUAAACGUUGGGUCGAAUCUGAAAGUACACGAGUAUUGAAAGUCGUUAUCAGUUAUCGCUUAUCAGUUGGACACAGUAAUCGCUUAUCUAGCGAUUUAUUCGACCGAACACGAUUAUUAUUACGAAUUAUCACACUGAUGUAUAUUUGCGAUCCGAAAGUCGAAAGUAAAAAAUCGGCAGAACGCAUUUAUUUAGAAAUAUAUAUUUAACUGUCCUCGCGGAGGACAAUGAGGUUCGUAUGAAUCAGUCUCUUAUUUAUAUAAUGUUUAUAUAUGAUAUAUUAAUUAUGUUUAACAUAUGCGCAAAUAUAUGUAAUAUAUUUGUAUUUCAAAAUUAUUAUAUAUGCUCGGAAAAAAAUAUUUGUUGUUAGAAUUAGAAACCGUUAGAAUUAGAAACCGUCGUUAAUUUAGCAAAUCUAUAACCAUAAUAUAAGAACAGCCAGUUCUUUUAUGUCACAGUAAUCAAGUUUCAAAGUUACGUAAAGAUUAGCGAUUGUACCUAACGAAUUUUGAAGUUAUAGUAUGACAGAGAUUUGUUCGUAUAAAGAUAACUCUCUAUAAAAAUCAAAGGAAAAUAUAUAUAAUU